AGGCGACCAGAGCUCGGGGCUGUAGAUCCGGGUCCGUGGUUUCGCCGCGAGCCGCGAUUUUUGCCCCGCUCCCCGGCCCGAGAAGGCUCGCCGGCCCCCGGCAGCAUGACCGUCAAGAAGAUCGCGAUCUUUGGCGCCACCGGCAGGACCGGGCUCGCCACCCUGGCUCAGGCUGUGCAAGCAGGUUACGAAGUGACAGUGCUGGUGAGGGAUGCCUCCAAGCUGCCCUCUGACGGUCCCCAGCCAGCCCGGGUGGUGGUGGGUGACGUCCUCAAAGCAGCCAACGUGGAGGAGACCGUGGCAGGGCAGGAUGCCGUCAUUAUAUUGCUGGGCACCGGCAGUGACCUGAGUCCCACCACCGUGAUGUCGGAGGGCACCCAGAAUAUUGUGGCUGCCAUGAAGGCCCAUGGCGUGUCCAAGGUCGUGGCCUGCACCUCGGCUUUCCUCUUGUGGGACCCAGCUCAGGUCCCUGCCCGGCUCCAGCCAGUGACCGAUGACCACAUCCGGAUGCAUAAGCUGCUGCUGGAGUCGGGUCUGAACUAUGUGGCUGUGAUGCCCCCGCAUAUUGCUGGGGACCAGCCCCUGACCAAGGCCUACAACGUGACUGUGGACGGACGGGGGCCCUCCAGAGUGAUCUCCAAACACGACCUGGGGCACUUCAUGCUUCGGUGCCUCACCACAACCGAGUAUGAUGGGCACAGCGUCUACCCUUCCCAUCAGUAUACUUAAAGAUGGCGGCCCCCACUCUCCUGGAUCAUGAGGGAGAAGGAGCAUCGUGUGGGCCUGUCCUUGGAAAGCAGGGAUGACACUGCUGAAGAGGGCCAGGGGCUGGCUACAAGAAGAAGGCAGAAAAUAGAAUAAUAAAAAAGUACUGAGUCA